ACAGGCCAACAACAUUAGGCUCGUAUUGCAGGACAAAGUAGCAGCCUACCCGUGCACAAUGUCGAGUUCUCCAUUACGUGCUGUCGUUUUUGUCACGAUCUUUGCUGUAGCGUUUGCUGCGACAUUUCGUUCGAAUGAUCCAUGUCCAGCAAACGUCAAGCCUGGCGGCUCCUGGUAUUUACCUGGCUGUGUCCAGUGUUUUUGUCACAAGGACGGGUACGAAUGUCACAGCUGCGGGGUGUUUGCGGAACCUUUCGACAAAAACAACUGCUACAAGCAGCAAACCAUUGGACUGGUCUACCCCGACUGCUGUUUUAACACAGUCCUGUGUCGAGGUGAUCCCUGCUUCAAUGAAAACACGAUGGCGACAGUGCUGAAAAACGAAAAACUAAUUACCGGCGUCAAGUCGAAGAGAGUUAAAACAACCCAGAGGAAAACUGGGAAGAAAAAUAAAGGCAAGAGAGUAUAGAGAGAUAUUGAAAUCGGAGGACAAAAUUCUUACUAAAAACUAAGGGUGCAUUAAUUUCGUUUUUAACAUAACACUUGGAGACAAUUGAAAAUUAAAAACAUUCAAACUAAAAACAAA